AUGUGUUAUUUCUUUCAGCAGCCUGUACUGGAAUCACCUUCACAAACGCCCGCAAUCCAGUAUUCUUCCUGGCAACCACCUCCAUCAACAACACAGCGGUCUCAUCACCGAAGCCGCCGCCAUAACAACCACCAUUAUCAUCAUCAGCACCACUACGAAAAUGUAAACAUGUCCCCAUACAGUCGGGAUCGGCACCGAAGUUCUGAUGAUGAGAACGAUCUUUCUCUCCUUGAUACUGAAAGUUUCAUGAUGAUGACAACUCCAACAGCCAUCCAGAAGAGGCAAAACUUGCGAGCCGCCAUUGUGGUAGCAGAAACCAAAAUCGGUACAAAUAAUCACAACCGAGAUAAAUCAGCCACCUUGCCUGCUGAUUUCCGUGACUACCACAACUCUGACUCCUUUUCGGAUGCUGAAUGCAGUACGGAUGGUCACCAGAACCAUCGCAACUACACAGACGACGAGGACGACUGGGAUGCUAAUAGCAAUGGGAGCUAUGGGAGCAGCGAGGAUGAAUGGUCAAGAACGUGUGAUGACCUUGAGAAUACCGACACGUCAGAAAUGCUGCGACAGAUUGGCGCCAGCCUUAGGCAAAGGAGCGUUGCAAGUCUAAAUCGGAUCCGUUCACGAGAUGCACGCCGACGUAACAAGAAGAGCAACUGCCACUGUGCCCAAGGGGAAGAUGCUGUCUCGAGUAGCAGCCAUGGUAGCAAUCGGUUCUCUAAAAACAACAAUGCGAAUAGCACCAAGUCCUCUGGCAAGGAGCUUGUACCGACAACAUUUGAGGAACAUGUGCAGACCAUAUUCUCACCUACGCCAAUUCAGCUUCACCGUUUUAAAUUGCAGAAAGAAUGUGCCACAGAUGAUUUCGGUUUUAGCCUAUCAGAAGGAAUGUACGAGAAAGGCGUCUAUAUCAGUGCUGUACGUACAGACAGUUUGGCAGAGACGUCCGGUCUUCAACCAUUUGACAGAAUCCUACAGGUGAAUAGUGUGAAGACCCGGGACUUUGACUGUCGUAUGGCUGUACCAUUGAUCUCAGAAGCUGGUAAUAAUUUGGAUCUGGUCAUCAGUCGGAACCCACUGGCAUCACAGGAAGAAAAUGCUGAGUUAGGAAAAGACGAAAGAAUAAACCACGACAAUUCAACAGUUAAUCAAAAACCAAUAAAAGCAGUCUGA